AAUUUCUCUUAGCUCACCAAUCACGUGCCGGCUUAUUUUCUUCCCUAAAACAGGCUGGUAGUUCGUCUCAGCAAUGGCAUCAACUGCUGGGAAUAUCAUGCCUUGAGUUUCGGACAGUCAGCCUCGGCUAGGAUACAACCGUUCCAAAAAAAAAUAAGUAUUACAAAGUCGCCGAAAACCGAGUUUGAGAUGACGCCCGGAGAAUCCGCGCAGCCUUUGCCGGACGAGGCUCCCACAACGGACGAACCUCAGGCACUAUGUAUCGUCAGAGACAUGACAACCAGCUCGACCGCCACCUUGAAGGCGCUCCUGUCCGUGGCGGCUUCGACCAGCGCUUCGAAGCUGAUGCAGCUGGUGGGGCGCCACUUCAGCUACAGCCCAGACUCCUUCGAGCUACUCCUUCAGUCGCAUCACCAGGGAGAGGCCGUCGCCAUCCACGUGUGCGAGGAUCAGACGAUCGAGGAACUGGGCUUCUGUGUGGACGGAGUCAGUCGCAACAUGCUAGUCAUCUACGAUCGCAACAGAGAACCACCCAAGAAGCUGAUGGGACCGGAGCUGGAAGAAAUGAGCCCAUCAACGGCGACGGCGGAAUGGGCCCACGGAGCCCGGAACUCCGGGGAAACCACCAAGUACUUCCACUCGGAAACUAGGGAAACAGGGUAUGUUGGCUUAGUGAACCAGGCGAUGACCUGCUACCUGAACAGCCUCCUGCAGACACUCUAUAUGACACCGGAGUUUAGGAAUGCUCUGUACAGGUGGGAAUUUGACGGUUCUGAGCAGGACGCAGCCAAGAGCAUCCCCUUCCAGCUACAGAAAUUGUUUCUUCUUUUGCAGACUUCCUCGAGGCCAGCCAUUGGAACAACCGACCUCACAACAAGUUUUGGAUGGGACAGCAGUGAAGCAUGGCAGCAGCAUGACGUGCAGGAGUUGUGCCGGGUCAUGUUUGACGCCCUGGAACACAAGUUCAAGAAGACGAACCAGGCCAACCUCAUCUGCCAGCUUUACGAGGGCAAACUGAAGGACUACGUCCAGUGCUUGGAGUGCGGUUCGGAGAGCGCACGGGAGGACACCUUCCUGGACGUCCCGCUGGUGGUGCGCCCCUUCGGGUCGAGCCAGGCGUACGGCAGCGUGGAGGAGGCCCUGCGUGCUUUCGUGACCCCGGAGACCCUAGAGGGGUCGAACCAGUACUCGUGCGACAAGUGCGGCAAGAAGUGCGACGCCCACAAGGGCCUCAAGUUCGUCCGCUUCCCCUACCUGCUCACCCUGCAGCUCAAGCGCUUCGACUUUGACCCCGUCACCAUGCACCGCAUCAAGCUCAACGACAAGGUCGCCUUCCCGGAGAUCCUGGACCUGAACCAGUUCGUGCGCUUGGACAGCACCUCGGAAAACGUGUGCGACGACACGGACACGACAGACAGCGGCUCGGCGCUGGACGAGGAGGUGCCGGCCAACUCGGCGGCAGCCGCCGGCGCGAGGACGACCAACGGGCCGUGCGAGGACACGGGCAGCGACGACGAGGGCAUCGACAUGGGGGGCAUGGAGACUGCCGCGGCGAACUCUCGCAACUGCCGGCGGGCCAUCGAGAAGGGUCCCUACGUGUACGAGCUGUUUUCCAUCAUGGUGCACUCCGGCAGUGCCAACGGCGGCCAUUACUACGCCUACGUCAAGUCUUUCACGGAGAACCAGUGGUUCUGCUUCAACGAUGCCCAAGUGUCGAGGGUCUCCUACGAGGAGAUAAGGAAGACCUACGGCGGAGGCCCCAGCAGAAGCGGAUACUACAUCAGCGCCUACUCAAGCUCCACGAACGCGUACAUGCUGAUGUACCGCAAGGUGGACAAGGAGUCCAAUGCGGAGCCUAUGAGUCCCGAGGAAUUCCCGGAGCACCUCAAGGCCCUCCUGAAGAGCAUGCAGGAGGCCGAGGAGCGGGAGCGGCAGCAGAAGGAGCUGGAGCGCUCCAUGGUCAAGAUCAAGCUCUUCUGCCUGAUCCCCGGCCGACACACGAUGCAGGAGAUGAGGCUCAAGGUGCACAAGGACUCGUCCCUGGCCGAGGCAACGCAGACCGCACAUCAGAUCAUGGGCUUGGAAGGAGUGGUGCCACUGGAGCGCUGCCGUCUGGUUAUGUACGACGACUGCUCGGAGUCCCUGGAGUGCUCCCUCGAGGACCAGGAGGACCAGACGAUCGGCGAGAUCCUCGGAGGAGUGAAGUCUACCUACCACUGCGACCUGCUGCUGGAGAUACGCGGGCCGCACGAGACCUUCCAGCCCUACAAGAAAGGCGGGACGACGGUGAAGGUGCACGUGGUGGUGCUGGAGAGCCAGGAGAUUGCCCGUCCCGUGGUGGUGCGGGGACUCAAGUCGCAGACGGUGGCAGAGUUCAAGGCUCAGGUGGCGCAGCAGUUGGCCCUGCCCUCGGCCGAGAUGCGCAUGGUGCACCAGCGCUUCCACACCGACCUCACCCUCCUCAGCUGUCCGACCCGGCUGCUCAAGCACGAGGACUUCGGCAAGAGCAACACAGUGUACAUAGAGUUCCUUGACCGGGAAGACGCCAAAAAGCCUUUCAAGGAGUCCCUGUUCUUCGAGAUCCUCGACCGGCACGUGAACACCAUCGUCAUCUAUGUCCACCUCCCGCCCAUCGACAAAGUGCUGAUGGAGAAGCAGUGCAUGCCGGCCAACGGGGAGCAGCGGGUCUGCAACAUAGAAGACGAGGGAGGCACAAGCGCCCUGUCGUCCGCCGGCGGGACGCCCAAGGGCCACGUGCCGGGCACGUCCCACGAGGCAGCCGGGUCGGACUACGACAGCGACCUGUGCGACUCGUCCUCGUCUGGUUGCCACGGCACCGGCGGCGACCAAUCGGAGGACUCAAGCCUGACGGACAGCGAGCGCACGCUCGUCGGGGACGACCUCUCGCCUCGUAACAACUCACCGGACCUCGCGGAAGCAGAUGGGGCGGAGGCCAGUUUGGGGCCGGCGUCGGAGUUUGUGCCUUCUGUCGAACUGGCCCAGAAGAUGGGCGAGAACUUCCGCAACUGCUUCGGGCUCCAGCACGAGGACAGUGCCGUGUCUCCGGAAGAAGGCCCCCGCUCGGAAGACGCAGCAGUGUUGGCGAGUGGCGACGCCGCCUCUACAGCCGCCACAUCUGGCAUACCCAAAGAGGAGCCAAAGAGGUACUUCCGCGCUUGGCCCUUCAAGGACACGGACAACAGUCGCGGCUUGCGGGUGUACGUCGACAAACGCAUCACGUUUGGAGCACUGAAGAAGGAGCUGGAGGUCUACGUCGGCAUCGAUUGCGCCUACUUCAAGGUCUUCCGGGCUUACUCCAACGGCCAGGAGUUCGAGUGCACUAAGCUGAUGGACAACCUCACGUCCUAUGCGGAGGACACCAAGCUCCUGAUCAAGCUGGGCAGGGCCCUGCAGUCAGGAGAGUACCGCAUGAAGGUCUUCCUCCUGACACCCAACGCCCAAGAGACGAGCAAGUUCCUGCUUGACUGGAUCUUCACCAAGGGCGUGUCGGUGCUCAAGGUCAAGGAGGAUCUGCUGCCGGAGAUCAGGGAGCGCUGUGGGCUGGACAUCCCUCUCAACAGGUGUCGGCUGAGGAAGAAGACCUCCGGCAACCCCGGCCCGGUGUACCUCGACUCGGCCAAGUUCGACGACGAAGUGCCGACGUUCCUUUCCUACGAGGUCUUCCUCGAAGUGCUUCCAGGACCCGAGAGGGUGGUGUCGUCGUCGAGCCUGGUGGUGUUUGUGCGGAGGUGGCGGCCGUCCUCCUUCACCUUCGACCCCCUGGACGAAGUAGUCCUCGAAGAACGCACCGUAGAUGCCUUGAAAGACGCGCUGUCUUCACUGAGCGGCUUGCCCCCGGACAACAUUGAAGUUGCCAAGUGCCCCGGCCCGUUCCCGUGCGUGGUGUCGUCGUUGACGGUGCACGCCGAGAUGGAAUGGCACUCCUCGGCCUCCUCCCUGAGCUCCUGGCCCCUGUACAUAAGCGAGGAUGGGCUGGUGGUCCUCUACCGGGAUAAGACGGAACCCUUGAAGGAGCUCACGGAGGAAGAGAAACGGGAAAUUUCUAACCGGGAGAAUGUCAGGGCGCACAAGAGCCUGCAGACGACGACGUCCGUGCGCAAGGAGCGGGCGCUCAAGAUCUACACGGGGAGCCCCCCGAGCAACGCCUCCGGCGCCCUCUCCGACGCCAAGCCCAGCCUCCACUCUGUGCCUAUCGACCUGGACUGAGCAAGCCUUGGGACAGUUUGCAAGUGCUCUUUUUUAAGAAACGAUGAGGGUAGCAGGAUCAGCACAAAGGAAAAAAAAAAGCCCGGAGGGAUUCAAGGAUUCUUGCCGUCAGCGACGACGGACCAGUACGUCGUUGAGCUUCAACCCACCCAACGCCGGCAUCAUGCCAACGUCAAGCUGAAGUCAGCAACACACAACGGGGUGGUGUUUAAAUGUUUCUUCCGUUUAUUUUUUUCUUUAUGCUUGUUUUUUAAUUGGUGACCUUUAAACCCCCAAACUGCAACAUUGCCCUCCCAAAUUGUAUGGACAAGAAACGAAGACUUGGAACUUGGCACGUAGUGUCACUUUUGAAGUGAAGUGAAGAGAGGCUGGCGGCGACAUCGUGACGUGGCUGCAUACAUUAAACGCGUUAGGUAUUAUGAUGCCUGGAGUCGUUGCAACGCCGUCUGGAAGUCGGUCAUAUCCAGAGUCUCCCAGAUUGGGUCUGGGACCGCUCUGGAGCGCUCCCAGUUCGAGCCCGGUUUCGGUUGCCUUAGAUUGCGGUUCAGAGCGAUGCACUGAUCUUGACUCCCGGUCAGUUUGCGCAGCCUGUCACAUGCGCAGCCGCCGUUUUACGCCAAGGAAUAAACUUUACGCCAAGCUCCAACUUUCUGGCUUCGAGGAAACACCGCGAUUGCUUUACGUCGUUGCUGUUUCGGUCAAUAUCCUUUUUUUUUUUUUUUUUACAUUUGUGUUUGAAGUUUAGUCUUUCAGUAGCUGCAAACUGUAUGUGUUUUUGCUACUUUUGUAACGCAACUGUGAGGAGAGUGUGCCUGAUCACACUUCUCACCAGGGUGAGGAUGGAUGUCGACACGACUUAUAAUCGUGGAAUGAUGGCCAGAAGGUUUGGUACAGUUGAACGGUUUCGACGGAACUCUGAACUGAGCAGAAGCAGUGUUAACCGAACCGGACAGCUCAAUUUGGUUUCUGGCUACACAAGCUUUUUUUAAGAUAUUGAUCGAAGAGUUCGGGCUGUCUAGAUAAAAAGGAGUGAGUGGCAAUGUUUCGAGAAAACAGGAGAUACCUCGUUUACUUCUUUCAAUCUGGGGAAGGUACCUAGUCGACCCCAGGCAGCGAUCCUCAAAUGCAGCAACUUUUUCGGGAGUUGCGGAUUGCGUUUCAAUGCUUGCAUCCUUCUCUUUCUGGUUUACGUCAUCGAUACCGCACGUCAAGAAUUGCAGUGAGACGGCAAACUUGUCUCGUUUGAAGAUGGUUGCCUCGGACGAUUCAAAUGCUUUCUACAGAUUGAGCUGUCUAGGGGGUGCAGAUUUCAAAAGCUCGCAGAGUAAGAGCAGAGGAAAGAUUUGCGGGCAAACCAGAGUUAAUAUAAUGUGAGUCUCUUCGAGUUUCAUUCGAGGUUUCCACGAAAGCCGUACAGUUAAGCAAGAGGUAAGGCCGUGGCAGGUUUGUGCACAUUGUCAAGACAAGGCAAGCGUUGAAAGUUUCACGGCGGGAUUGGUGAGGUGCGGUUGUGAUAGUUGGUACGGCAGAGUCCAUAAUGUUUUGGCGAAGCAUUUCUGUGUGGGCAGAAAUUUGACAGUUUUUCUUGUUUUGAGUUUAGAGAAAGUUGCUGCACCCACAAGGUCGGAGCUGUGAGCCUUCUGGCACCUUGAAGUUGCUUUGACUUUUGUUGCACACUCGACUGUUUGUCUGCAACCCUUGUCAGAAAAUAUGGCUGUCGGCUUUUAAAGCUGGGGUGGGGAGGGGUCUCGGUACCAUCUGCCUGUAAUUGUGUUGCCAAAGGUGUUCUUUUUAUUUUUUUUUUAAAUCUUUGCUAGUGCUUGUUUCCCCUUCCCUUUGUUUAGAUCUCCCCGCCUCCUGCCGCGGUUGUAAGUUUAGUCUGUUGCCAGCAUUGUAUUUCGUACUUGUAUUAUUGCUAUUAUUAUUAUUAUUAAUAUUAUUACAAUGUGAAGCGUGUUGUUUUCAAUUGAUGCCGACCCAGGCAAACAGCUUCUUGUCAGUUUUAUUUAUUGAAUCGAGGGUUUAUUACGACAAGGAAUAAAAGUGACGGACUUUA